AUGGCGGCCGCGGCGGGAGUCGCCCUGGCGCUCUGCGGUGGCGGCCAGGUCGAGCUGCUCGUGGCCUUCCUGGCCUUCCUCAGGACGGCCUGGGCGGCCUCACGGGACGGUUUCCCGGCUCCAAGGGCCAUUCGGACGUGCAAGAAGUGCGUGGAGGUUCCGCAGCAGCAGCAGCGCAGUCAGCAGCUGCCGAGGAUGCGGGUGCCAGCUGCCCCCGAGGGUUCGGCCGAUUACUCAGCGGGCCGAGUGCUCCAAGGGCCACUUCGGCCGAAGGGAGCCCUGUCCCAGCCGUUGGCAGAAGACGGCGUUGCCGCUGUGCUGCGCGAUGGCGCUCCCCAGGUCGGUCGAGGGCACUCUGACUGCCAGAAGUACGUCAAGCUGAUCAUGGACUGCGGCCGCGCAAAGCAGUGCGGGAAGGCCCUGGAGCUGCUGACGGAGAUGCGGCGGAAGUCCAUCGAGCCCAACGUGGCGGUCUUCACCGCGCUGAUCAGCGCCUGCGAUAAGGGAAAGCAGCCUAAGAUGGCCCUCGAACUCUUCGACACGAUGCAGAAGGAGGGCGUGGAGCCUACCGUGGUCACGUACAACGCGCUCAUCAGCGCAUGCGGCAACGGGCGGAUGUCAGAGAAGGCCCUGGAGAUGUUCGGGAAAAUGAGGGAAAGAGGCCUGGAACCCAAUGUCGUCACCUACACGUCGCUGAUCCGCGCGUGCGGGCAGAGCCAAGAACCGCAGCGCGCCUGGCAGGUCUACGACGCCAUGACAGCUGCUGGCGAGGAGCCCAACGUCAUCACCUUCAGCUCCCUGAUGCAGGCGGCCGAGAGGUGCUCGGAUCCGGAGAGGGCCCUCCGCAUCUUCGUCGAGAUGGAGGAGGCAGGCAUCGCGCCCCCCGUGCACGCGCACAGCUCCUUGACGAACAGCUGGAGGAGCUUGCCCGUGUCGCGCGCGCUGGAGGCCAUCCGCUGCAUGGAGAACGAGGGCAGGCCGCCCAGCAAGUUCGCGAGAUCCACCGUCACGAGCGUGUGCGACGAGGUCGCCUCUGGCGGCCGGAGGGCAGGCGCAGGGGCCGCCGUUGCCGCCGAGGGCGGUGCGGAGGAGCGGGCAGGCGAGGGCGUGGUGCCGAGCAGCACCGCGGCCUACAACGCCCGGAUCCACGCCUACAGCAGGGGCAAGGCUCCCGAGGACGCGCUGAGGGUGCUGGCGGAGAUGAAGCAGAGGGGCCCCAAGCCGGACACGGCUACUUACCAGGCCGUCAUCCGGGCUUGCGAGAAUGGCAGGAUGCCCCAGCAGGCGAUGAAUCUGUUUCAGGAGAUGAUGGACCAGGGAAUGUCCCCGGACGUCAUUGUCUGCAAUUGCGCCCUCCGCUGCUGCGAGCAGCUGCGCAACGCGGAGGUGGCCAAGGAGGUCUUCGAAAAGAUGAGGGAGCUCCGAGUGACUCCUGACGCGAACACCUACGGCACCCUGAUCAGCGUCUACGGCAAGUGUAAGUGUUGCAACAUGGCCAUGGACCUGUUCAAGGAGAUGCUGGACAGCGGGCUGACGCCUACGUGCUAUGCCUACAACGCCGCCAUUUCUGCCUGCGGCCACUCGAAGCGCAUAGGAAUGGCUAUGGACCUCUUCCGUGGCAUGAAGGAGGCGAAGGUCGUGCCCGACGCCUUCACGUACGGCGCCCUCAUCAGCGCCUGCGAGAAACGCUUGUGGGACGAUCAAGCCGAGAAGCUAUUCCGCGAGAUGGAGGCCAACGGGCCCGAGCCCGACGUCGUCGCCUACACCGCGCUGAUCAGCUGCUGGGCCAAGAGCAAGAAGCCAGACAAGGCCAUCCAGCUGCUGGAGGAGAUGCAGUCCAAAGGCGUGGCCCCGAAUGCCAUCACCUACAGCACGCUGGCGUGGGCGUUCGAGAAGGUCGGCGACGCGGCCAAGGUCCGGGAGUUCAAAGAGAAGGAGGCCGAAUGCAUCCGUUCCCGGGGCAGGAAGGAGGACGCGUACAUUCAACGCUCGCCCUCGGCCGCGGCCUGUCACUCCCGUCCGAUGAGGAUCGGACGCAGCGCACGCGAUGCCCGGACGCUCUGA